CUGGUCGACACAUCACACGGGGGCAACAGUAUCAGCGGCUGUUCAUCCCAUCUCUGACCAUGAUCACCUAGCCGAGCGAACGAGCUCCUCCCCACGCCCCUCCAUCUCUCCCCCCCAUUCUCUCUUUCCCCCAAGAUUCCCGCCCCCUCCGCGGCUCCGCCCCGGCUCCCCCCUCUCGCUAGCCCCUAGCUCUGGGCCUCCUCUCGCUGUGCGUGCACAGCGAAGGAGCACAGGCUCGAGCUGUAGGGGCCGCUGCAUCGAGGAGGGCGCUGCGCUGCACGAAGGCUGCAAGGCUGGCGGCCUCUGCCCACUGGGCGUCGGCCCUGAACAGUGGAGAUUCCCAUCCCCAUUUCCCAAUUAUGGAUAGGCAGCAGCCAGCGGGGGAGGACUGAGGCCGCUCGCCAUUGCUCCCGUUUGAGAAAAGGUGUGGGUGCUGUUGGUUGCUGGUAAUCCGUCUUGGGUGCGGAAAUGCGAUGGAAAGCGAGGUCCCGUCCUCGUAGAGACAAUCUUGGAGGCGUGAUCGAUGGCUCCCGAUGUUUUGCCUUCAGCAUUCUUUCAGAUUUUGGAGAAACGCCAUGGAAGGAGUACUCUUGUUCUACCUGGUGUAGCUUGGCAAACCUGUUCAGCAAAAUGAGGCCUUCAGAUGACAGGGCGCAGCUCUCAGGCUUUGCACAAUCAGAAGAAUCAACACUUGAUGUGGAGGGGCAUUGCUACCAUCAACAGUCAUUCCCUUGUUCUCCAUCAAUGCAACCAAUUGCUUCUGGGUGCACACACACGGAGAAUAGUGCGGCAUACUUCUUAUGGCCGACAUCAAACCUACAGCAUUGUGCGGCCGAGGGGCGUGCAAACUACUUUGGCAACCUUUCAAAAGGGCUCCUUCCCAAGUCUGGCAAGUUGCCAAAGGGCCAGCAAGCAAAUAGCUUGCUUGACUUGAUGACUAUAAGAGCUUUCCAUAGCAAGAUAUUACGCUGUUUUAGCCUUGGGACAGCAGUGGGAUUCCGCAUCAGGAAAGGGGUUCUGACAGAUAUCCCUGCUAUUCUUGUCUUUGUUGCUCGCAAGGUUCACAAGAAGUGGCUUAAUCCGACCCAAUGCCUUCCUGCAAUUGUUGAGGGUCCAGGAGGUGUUUGGUGUGAUGUUGAUGUUGUUGAAUUCUCGUACUAUGGUGCACCAGCUCAAACUCCAAAAGAGCAAAUGUUCACUGAGCUUGUUGAUAGGUUGUGCGGCAGUGAUGAAUGUAUCGGUUCAGGAUCUCAGGUUGCAAGUCAGGACACUUUUGGAACUUUGGGUGCCAUUGUAAAACGUCGAACUGGCAACAAGCAGAUAGGUUUCCUAACCAACCGGCAUGUUGCGGUUGACUUGGACUACCCAAACCAGAAGAUGUAUCACCCUCUGCCACCCAACCUUGGGCCUGGUGUUUAUCUUGGAGCUGUCGAAAGGGCAACAUCUUUCAUCACAGAUGAUGUUUGGUAUGGAAUUUAUGCUGGAACAAACCCAGAGACAUUUGUACGGGCUGACGGGGCAUUCAUCCCAUUUGCUCAUGACUUUGACAUCAAGACUGUCACAACUACAGUUAGGGGUGUUGGUGACAUCGGGGAUGUUAAGGUUAUAGAUCCGCAGUGCCCGCUUAAUAGCCUCAUAGGGAGGCAAGUAUGCAAAAUCGGAAGAAGUUCUGGUCACACAACUGGAACUGUGAUGGCUUAUGCCCUUGAAUACAAUGACGAGAAAGGAAUAAGCUUCUUCACUGACCUCCUUGUUGUCGGUGAGAAUCGCCAAACAUUUGAUUUGGAAGGUGAUAGUGGAAGCCUUAUUAUCCUGACUGGCAAGGAUGGUGAGAAGCCACGUCCUAUUGGGAUAAUAUGGGGUGGCACAGCAAACCGUGGGAGGCUAAAGCUUACAUGUGACCAUGGCCCUGAAAAUUGGACCAGCGGAGUUGAUCUUGGCCGCCUUCUGGACCGUCUUGAACUUGAUCUUAUCAUAACCAAUGAAUCACUCCAAGAUGCUGUGCAGCAGCAAAGGCUUGCAAUGGUGGCAGCAGCCAACUCUGUGGUUGGGGAGUCUUCCACAGUAGCCCCUCCCGUCCCAGAAGAAAAGGUGGAGGAGAUGUUCGAGCCUCUGGGGAUCAAAAUUGAGCAGCUGCCUCGGCAUGAAGUUCUGGCCUCUGGAACUGAAGGGGAGGGCGCAGCUGCGACUGAUGUGGAGGAGCACCAGUUCAUCUCAAACUUCAUCGGUAUGUCCCCUGUGCGCCAAGACCAGGAUGCUCCGAGGCAAAUCGCCAACCUGAACAACCCAUCAGAGGAAGAACUGGCCAUGUCGCUGCACCUAGGUGACCGGGAGCCCAAGCGGCUGCGCACCGACACAGAAGCCGACCUUGACCUGGAGAAGUGAGGGGCUCAGUUCAGCGUCCCUACAUUCAGAAAUCAGAACUAGUCCAAAGAUCUCCUGCGGUUCAGCAAAUUGAACCUGCAGCGUUAGCUUAAACCAGCAUGUUCAUGGCAAAUGCAUUAUGAUGUACCAUGGUGAAACUUGAUUCAGCACCUGUAGGAUUUUAGGUGGUAUCCCUGCAGUUUUGCUGUGCUCAUGAGACUUUGAUAUACACAAAUGCUGAAUCCCCUAUCAUGUUAAAACAAUGCAGGGAGUGAUGAAGUGGUCUUGAUCACUUUUUUCCUAUCAUUAUUGGUGACGUUAUCUCAA